AUGAAAGAUUAACUAAUUAAAUUAAUAGAAGAAGAAGACUUUUUAAAUUAAGACAUUUACACAAAUUAUCCUUUUUUAAAGUAGGAAAGAUAACACUUUAAUUAAAUUGCUAAAUCUAUUUGCUUGAAAAACCAAACUUUUUAACCUGACCUAGAAGACACUUUAGCUUAACAAACAAAUUAAAUAGAUACAACAUAACUAAGGAUUGGUGGUAAAUCCGAACAAAAUACAGAUUCAUUUGCUUUAGAAACUAUUACAAAAUUCAUCUGUGAAUAAUGGGAAAACUCGUUAAAGUAAAAAAUAAACUUAAAAGAUAAUUCUCAUUUUUAUGGAUUGAAGGACAAUGUAAUUGAAUUAGAUUAACCAUAAUUGGAGGAUUUUAAAAUAAUAACUUUUUUGAUACCUGGUAAUGGAAUUGAGAAAAAUAAUGCUUCAGAAAAUUUUGGAUUAUUAGAAAAUUGUAUGGACAUAGAAUCUUAAAAAAACUUAUUUGUUUUUUUCAAAUGGUAAGAAGAUAUCAGCAUUUUAUAAAUCGCAUCAAAGCUUUUAAAAACAUUUGUGCUUGAAUACGAAAAUAAAAAAAAUUAUUAAGAGUAUUUAGAAAACUUCUUGAACUAUUACCUUGGAAAGUUCUGUCUUAAUAAACUUAAGAGGAUUGUUUACUAGUUAAUAUAAUAAUUAAAAAUAUGCAUCAAAUUACCAAAGCUUGCUAUUUCUAUUCUUAGAAAUAUAAUUGACUUAUUUGAAAAAGCACUUGAUUCAAUCAUUAAAUAUUUUUAAGAUACCUACUAACGUUCCAUUGAUUUUGGUAUUGCAUUAGCAGAAUAUUUAAACAACUGGAACUUGAUAGGAAAUUUAUAAAUAGAUUUCUUGGGAUAUGACUAUGGUACUGUAGUUAUAGCUUAGGCAUUGAAAAGAUUGGUAAAUCCAGCUAGAUAUAUAAUUCUAAUGGGAGGAGUUGCAAAAAUAACAGAUAUAGAAUAAUCAUAUAAAUUGAAACGUUUUAAAAAGUGUUGUAAUUUCUAUUCUACUAAUGAUAUUUUCGUUGAAACAUUCAUUUAAAAUACAAAUCUUUUAGGAGAUUAACUUUUAAUAGGAGUAAAUUCUAUAUGUGAAGAAAACAAAGACUUUUUUUCUAAUUACGACACAGAAAUUGGUUGUUCAGGUUAUAUAAAUAAAUAUAAAGAGCUUUAUGAUAAGGCUAUGACAACAUUUAAAAAUGGCUCUUCAAAUGAAGGAUAAAAUAAAAAGAGAUAAUCUAAUAACUAUUACUCCAAAAUCAAAUAAUUUUAUGAUGAGUAGAAGACUUAUAUUUUAGCAUUUGCAGUAUCUCUGAUAAUGAAAUGUGGAUUUGGUUGGAAUAAACCGAUAAUAAUAACGUUAUUAGUAACAAUUUUUAUAAAAAUAUUUAAAAUGACAUAUAAUGCAAUAAAUGAGAACUACAUCAAACUGUGUAAUUUUUUAAAUAUUCGAGUUCCAAAUUACCCUUAUUGA